AUGGCGGCAAAGGCGGCGUGACGUAGACGCUAGACUCUCCAGAGGGUUCCGCCCGGCUGUGGUGCGCUGCUACUAGGGUCCGCCUGACGGUGCUUUUGCGACAGGAAGCCGGAAGCCGCCCGUCCCCGCCCUCAGGGCGCAGGCGGAGGUUGACAGGUCGCGGCGGGGAGGCGGCGGCGGCGGCGAGCGGUCGCCCGGGACGGCCAUCUCAUGGGGAACGCUACGAGUCACAGCAGCGAGGACGAAGCGGCCGCCGCCGGCGGGGAGGGCUGGGGGCCGCCGCCGCAGGACUGGGCGGCCGACGCGGGUUCGACCCCCGGCCCGGGCCUGGCGGCGGCCCCGGCGCUGCCCUCGGCCGCGGCGCUGCUGGAGCCCGCGCGGCUGCGGGAGGCGGCGGCGGCAUUGCGGCCCGCGCCGCCCUGCGAGUCGCUGGUGUCGCGGCACCACGGGGCGCUCCUGCGCUGGUUGGAGGAGCGGCUGGGCCGCGGCGACGAGUCCGUGACCCUGGAGCAGUUCCGGGAGCUGCUGGAGGCUCGUGGCGCCGGCUGCUCGGGCGAGCAGUUCGAGGAGGCCUUUGCUCAGUUUGAUGCUGAGGGUGAUGGUACAGUUGAUGCUGAGAACAUGCUGGAAACCCUCAAGAAUUCCAGCGGAGCCAAUCUUCAGGGGGAGCUGAGUCACAUCAUCAGACAACUGCAAGCCUGCUCCCUCGUUCCAGGUUUCACGGAUAUAUUUUCGGAGUCAAAGGAAAGCCUUGACCUUCAUGCGUCGAUGAUCCUGCGCUUCCUGCACCGCAACCGCAUCUCCAGCACAGUGAUCCCAUACCCGCUGUUGGAACACUGCAACAACGUGUGCGCCAUGCGAUCCUCCGUCCUGAGGGAGUCCCUGGAGCAGCUGGUGCAAAAAGAGAAGGAAAGCCCUGGAGAUUUAACAAGAAGCCCAGAGAUGGAUAAGCUUAAGUCAGUUACGAAGUGCUAUGCAUAUAUAGAGACAUCCUCCAACCCCGCGGACAUUGACAAGAUGAUAAAUGGAGAGACAUCCUCCUACUGGCAGUCAGAUGGCAGUGCCCGCUCACACUGGAUUCGUUUGAAAAUGAAGCCAGAUGUUGUGCUGAGGCACCUGUCCAUUGCAGUGGCUGCCACUGACCAGAGCUACAUGCCACAGCAGGUGACAGUAGCUGUGGGGAGGGGUCCCAAUGACCUUCAGGAAGUCCGAGAUGUGCAUAUCCCCAGCAAUGUGACUGGCUACGUGACACUGCUGGAAAAUGCCAACAUCAGCCAGCUCUAUGUCCAGAUUAACAUAAAACGUUGUCUUAGUGAUGGCUGCGACACCAGAAUCCACGGUCUCAGGGCUGUUGGCUUUCAGAAAGUUAAGAAGUCUGGGGUGUCAGUUUCAGACGCUUCUGCAAUAUGGUAUUGGUCACUGCUGACGUCUCUGGUGACAGCAUCUAUGGAGACAAAUCCCGCAUUUGUCCAGACAGUGCUGCAAAACACACAGAAAGCCCUGCAGCACAUGCCACCACUUUCCCUCUCACCAGGAUCUACAGAUUUUUCAACUUUCCUCUCUCCCAACGUUCUGGAAGAAGUGGACAGUUUCCUCCUAAGGAUAACUAGCUGCUGUUCUACACCAGAAGUAGAACUCACCCUUCUGGCUUUUGCGUUAGCAAGAGGAAGUGUUGCCAAAGUGAUGAGCUCUCUGUGCACCAUCACUGACCACCUGGACACACAGUACGAUGCCUCCUCCCUCAUCUCGUCCAUGGCAUCAGUGAGGCAGAACCUGCUCCUCAAAUAUGGUAAACCUCUCCAGUUGACUCUUCAGGCCUGUGAUGUUAAAGGGAAGGAAGAUAAGUCAGGCCCUGAAAACCUGCUUGUGGAACCAUGGACAAGGGACGGUUUUCUUACAGAGAGUGGAAAAACCAGAGCAAGCACUAUUUUUUCUACAGGAACUGACUCUGCCAUCCAAGUUACACAAAUCAGAAUUAUGGUCCGACGUGGUGGCAUUGGUGCACAGUGUGGGUUAGUGUUUGCCUAUAACUCACCUUCUGACAAAUUCCAUGCAGAAGAACACUUCAGAAGGUUUGAAAAAUAUGACAAGUGGAAGCUUCAGGAGCUCAGACAAUUUGUAAAAAGCAGGAUUGGUUGCUCAUCUGCUGACCUUGGAGAGGAUGAUCCUAUUGGCUGGUUUGAGCUGGAGGAAGAGUGGGAUGAAGUGGAUGUGAAGUUACAGCAGUGCAGAGUUGCCAAAUACUUGAUGGUGAAGUUCCUCUGCACCCGUCAGGAAACUGCAGAGCGUCUGGGAGUGCAAGGCUUGACUAUCAGCGGCUACCUCCGGCCUGCAAGAGCAGAAGCAGAGCAGAGCAUCCCUUGUGCCCACUGCAGGAAAGACACAGACAGUGUCUGUGGGGCCACGCUGCUCCUCAGGACCCUCCAGUUCAUCCAGCAGCUUGCCCAUGACCUGGUGCAGCAAAAGGAAAGUGGCUUAAAAUAUAAAUCUUUUCUGGACUUCGCGGGUCUUGAUUUGCAGAUCUUCUGGAAUUUUUACAGUAAACUAAAGAAAAACCCAAGGGAAGACUGCAUCUGUGCCCAGACCUUGCUUCUGCAGCUGCUCCAGAGCUGCUUCCCGGUGCUGCAAAGAGACUCACUGGCUGCUGCAGAGGAGGGAAAACCUCCUACCCAGAACCCUGAAGCCGUGGCAGCUGCCAAGGAGCUCUACAUGCACCUGUGUGAUGUGGUGGAUAAGGCGACUGGAGACUCAGUGCCCGUGGAGAUACUGAAACAGGAAGUGAGGAACACCCUUCUCAAUGGGGCUGCCGUCUUUUUUCCUGACCGACAGACCCGGCGGAACCAUCUCUUCACCAUGAUGAAGAAUGUCACCGAGCAGGAGCACAAGCAGUCCCUUCAGCUCACUUUUCGUUCGCUGUGCACGUAUUUCAGUGAUAAGGAUCCAGGCGGCCUUCUGCUGUUACCUGAGAAGAGCAACCUGGCGGACACCAACGUCGUCGAAGUGCUGGCGGUCAUGAACACUCUGCUGUCUGUUGCUGCCCGAGAGUGCGAGCUGGUGAUGCUACAUGGGGUACAGGGCGAGUCUGGUUCCGUCCUCUUCUCCUUGUUCUGGUCCGUCCAAGGCAGCCUACUCUCCUGGUGCUACCUGCAGCUGAAGAGUACCGAUUCUGCAGCCAAACAUCUUGCUGCAGACCUUAUUGAAAAAUAUGUGGGACAGUUUCUGGCCAACAUGAGAAUGAUUUUGGGAUCCUUGUUGUUGCAGUAUAGUGGAAAAACCAUAGUCGAAAAAUUAUGUAAUUCAGUGUUUUCCAUGGCAGCUCGACAACUGGUCAUCUUCCUGCUGGACUUAUGCCCCUUAGACAUUCCCCACUGCACGCUGCUGAGGGAGGUCAGCACCCUGACAGAGCUACUCAAGAAGCUAUGCGCUGACCCUGCAGGAGGACUGAAUAAGCUGGAUGUGGAGACCUGGCAGCAGGAGCAGCCCGUGGUGUUGCAUACGUGGACCAAGGAAUCUGCCCACAACUAUGAAAAUAACUGCCAUGAGGUAUCUGUCUUUGUGAGCCCAGGAGCAACCUAUUUUGAGGUGGAAUUUGAUGAGAGGUGUGAAACUGAAAAAAGGUACGAUUAUUUGGAAUUCACUGAUGCUAGAGGUGGAAAAACACGCUAUGACACCAAAGUUGGCACUGAUAAGUGGCCUAAGAAAGUGACUUUUAAGGCUGGUCCCCGGCUACAGUUCCUCUUUCACUCUGACAGCAGUAACAACGAGUGGGGCUACAAAUUCACCGUCACUGCUUAUGGCCUGCCGGAUGUUGCUGUGUCUUGGGGGUUGGAUUUACAGCUCCUUGUCUCCAGACUGAUGGGGCGCCUGGCUUCCCAGUGCAUGGCACUCAAGUCUGUGCAUCAGCUAGGAAGUAACAUGGCAGUUCCCCAGGCAAAAAUGGCCUUAGUCCUGAACUCACCCUUGUGGAAACCUGUCUUCAGGCACCAGACUUGUCCAGAGCUGGAGUUAGAAGCGAGCUGGCCCACUCACCCACACCAUGAUCGUAAGGAGGUUAAGAGCAUCCCUGAUGAUCCCUGUUGCCGUUUUCUCCUUGAUUUUGCCCAGUCAGAGCCUGCUCAGAACUUCUGUGGGCCAUAUUCAGAACUGUUCAAAGGAUUCACACAGGCAUGUAGAAAACAGGCCCUAAAGACAGAUAUAGUUGCUGGUUCCACUAUUGAUCAAGCUGUGAACGCCACCUUUGCUGCUCUGGUAUAUCGCACUCCAGAAUUAUAUGAGAAGCUGCAAAAAUAUGUAAAUAGCGGGGGCAAGGCCGCCCUGAGUGAAGAGUUUGCACAGGUGUAUUCUUUGGCCGAUGGGAUUCGAAUAUGGAUGUUAGAAAUGAAGCAGAAGUCGCUGAUGAGCCUGGACAGUGAGGCAGAAGAAAAACGUGGCGCAGAUGUGGCUGAGGUGAACCCCGAGAACCUGGCCAAAGAGUGUAUUCAGAAGAGUCUUCUGUUACUAAAAUUCUUGCCCCCUGGUGUAAGCUCAAAAGGAAGCAAUGACAAACUGGUGGCUGCAGAUGAACCUGACCACCUGCAGCCCCUUGAUAAGCGCUCCCGGACCAGCUCUGUGGUGGAAGAGCAUUUCCAAGCCUCCAUGUCUCCGACUGAAACAGCAGCGCCCACCACGGGAGACCAGAGCCCUGGCUUGGACGUCCAGUCAAGGCUGGCACCUGGCAGUGGCCCCACCACAGCGGAUGCAUCUUCUGCCACAGUCGAGGAACCCUCAUCGCCUUCCACACCCACCCGGCGGCCUCCCUUCACCCGAGGGCGACUCCGACUGCUCUCCUUCCGAUCCAUGGAGGAGGCCAGACCUGUGCCCACUGUGAAGGAGAAGUACCCUGUACUUAAGGACGUCAUGGACUUCAUCAAAGAUCAGUCCCUCUCACAGGAGAGUGUUGUACAGGUGCUUUCCUUGAAGAAAGCUCAAGCCCAGAGCAUCCUUGAGGUCCUGCAGGUAAUCCAGUACUGCAUGGAGUCCCUCGGGCAGCCCCAUUGCUUUCAUCCUCCGUGUAUACUUUUCCUAUUGGAACUCCUGACCUGCCAGAAGGAUUUUACCAAUUAUUUUGGACACUUGGAAGGCUGUGGUGCUGAGCUACAUAAAGAAAUUCGAGACACCUACUAUCAGCUUGUUCUGUUUUUGGUCAAAGCAGUUAAAGGAUUUAGUAUCAUCAAUGAUAGGUCUUUGCUGCCUGCCUUCUCCUGUGUUCAGACGGCCCUGCUCCAUCUUUUGGAUAUGGGCUGGGAACCCAGUGAUCUGGCCUUCUUUGUUGAUAUUCAGUUACCAGAUCUGCUUAUGAAAACGUCACAGGAAAAUAUAAGUGUCCAUGACAGUGUGAUCAGCCAGUGGAGUGAAGAAGAUGAACUUGCUGAUGCCAAGCAGAAUUCAGAGUGGAUGGAUGAGUGUCAGGAUGGCAUGUUUGAGGCCUGGUAUGAAAAAAUAGCCCAGGAGGAUCCAGAGAAGCAGAGGAAAAUGCACAUGUUUAUUGCUCGCUACUGUGACCUGCUGAAUGUGGACAUCUCUUGUGACGGCUGUGAUGAGAUCGCUCCCUGGCAUCGCUACCGCUGCCUGCAGUGCAGUGAUAUGGAUCUCUGCAAAACUUGCUUCCUUGGUGGAGUGAAGCCUGAGGGCCACGGAGAUGACCACGAGAUGGUCAACAUGGAAUUUACCUGUGACCACUGCCAGGGUUUGAUCAUAGGCCGGAGGAUGAAUUGCAAUGUGUGUGAUGACUUUGAUCUUUGCUAUGGAUGCUAUGCCACAAAGAAAUACUCGUAUGGCCACUUGCCUACCCACAGCAUCACGGCCUACCCGAUGGUGACCAUCCGGAUCAGCGACCGGCAGAGGCUCAUUCAGCCCUACAUCCACAAUUACUCCUGGCUGCUCUUUGCUGCCCUGGCUCUCUAUAGUGCCCACCUGGCCAGCGUGGAGGACAUGGAUGGGGAGAAGCUGGAUCCCCAGGCCCGCAGCAAUGCCACCAUCCUGCGGAGCCAGUGCAUGAAGCUCGUCGGGGACUGUCUGAUGAAGGCUCACCAGGGAAAAGGUCUUAAAGCCUUAGCUCUUCUUGGUGUAUUGCCAGAUGGCCACUCUGCCCCAGAACAGGAGGCCCUCGUGGUCCCGGGGCCGUGCUGUACGUCAGAGGAGACACUGCAGAAGAAGGGAACGCAGGCUGCUGAGGAGCCAUUGCAGACAUACCCUUGCUUGCCCUGCCGUGGGGGAAAAACUGUACAUAAGGAAGUCAGCCCUUUAAAUGGCAAGCAGAGAAGUAAGACAGAUGAAGAUGUGUCAUUAAUAAAGAAGCCUUCAAGUGACACCCCAAUGUCAGACCCAACUGCAGAUGCCAGCACACCUACCGGACGUUCAGAUACAGAAAAUUCAGAAGUGUUAUCUCAGAAGCCGUUGGAGGAAAAGGCAGUUACUCCACAUCCUGAGCAAGUGUUUGCCGAGUGCUCCCAGAAGAGGAUUUUGGGAUUACUGGCAGCCAUGUUACCACCUUUAAAGUCGCAGGACCCCACAGUCCCCCUGAUCGACCUGGAACACAUCCUGCCCCUCAUGUUUCAGGUUGUCAUCUCAAAUGCAGGGCACCUGAACGAGACCUACCACCUCACGCUGGGCCUGCUGGGCCAGUUAAUCAUCCGUCUUCUGCCAGCAGAGGUUGAUGCUGCUGUGACCAAAGUGCUCUCGGCCAAACACAACCUGUUUGCUACAGGGGACGGUUCCAGUGUCCCAGAUGGCUGGAAGACCACCCACCUGCUCUUUAGCCUGGGAGCUGUAUGUCUGGACAGCCGAGUGGGCUUAGACUGGGCCUGCUCCAUGGCAGAGAUCCUGCGGUCUCUCAACAACGCCCCUCUGUGGCAGGACGUCCUGGCCGCCUUCACAGAUCACUGCGUGCAGCAGCUGCCUUUCCAGCUGAAGCACACCAACAUCUUCACCCUGCUCGUGCUGGUCGGCUUCCCGCAGGUCCUGUGCGUGGGAACUCGCUGUGUGUAUGUGGAUAAUGCUAACGAACCUCACAAUGUGAUCAUCCUGAAACACUUCACCGAGAAGAACAGGGCCGUGAUCGUCGAUGUGAAAACUCGGAAGAGGAAAACAGUGAAGGACUACCAGCUGGUCCAGAAGGGAGGAGGAGCAGACUGCAAUGACUCCCAGGCCCAGCUGAGCCAGUACUCCAAGCACUUUGCCUUAAUUGCCAGUCACCUGCUGCAGGCCAGCAUGGAUAGCCAUUGUCCUGAGGCAGUGGAGGCAACAUGGGUCCUCUCCCUGGCCCUCAAAGGCUUAUACAAGACACUGAAGGCUCACGGCUUUGAGGAGAUCCACGCCACCUUCCUCCAGACUGACCUGCUCCGUCUGCUGGUGAAGAAGUGCAGCAAAGGGACUGGCUUCAGCAAGACGUGGCUGCUCCGUGACCUGGAAAUCUUGUCCAUCAUGCUGUACUCCUCAAAAAAGGAGAUCAACACUUUGGCUGAGCAUGGUGAGCCGGAACUCGAAGAGCGAGGCGAGCAGGAAGAAGAGGUGGAGCGGACAGUGAGCAGUCCCGGGGAACCGGAGCGCAAGCUGGACCCGCUCAACGGCCUGGAUGAGCCCACCAGAAUAUGCUUCCUGAUGGCUCACGAUGCCCUGAACGCACCCCUGCACAUCCUCCGUGCCAUAUACGAGCUGCAGAUGAAAAGAACCGAUUCUUUCUUCCUGGAGGUUCAGAAGAGGUUUGACGGUGAUGAACUCGCCACAGAUGAGAAGAUUCGGUCCCUGGCUCAGAAGUGGCAGCCUGGUAGGAGCCUACGGCUGGAGGAGCAGAGCGCCAAAGCUGUGGAUACAGACAUGAUCAUCCUGCCGUGCCUGUCUCGGCCUGCACGCUGUGACCAAGCCACUGCUGAGUCCAGCCCCGUGACCCAGAAGCUAAUCUCCAGCACGGAGAGUGAGCUGCAGCAGUGCUAUGCCAAGCAGCGCCGCAGCAAGAGUGCCGCCCUGCUGCACAAGGAGCUGAACUGCAAGAGCAAGAGGGCUGUCCGAGACUACCUGUUCCGCGUCAACGAAGCCACCUCCGUCCUCUACGCCCGCCAUGUGCUUGCAUCCCUGCUGGCCGAGUGGCCUGCGCAUGUGCCAGUGAGCGAAGACAUUCUGGAGCUCAGUGGCCCGGCCCAUAUGACGUACAUUCUUGAUAUGUUCAUGCAGCUGGAGGAAAAGCAGCAGUGGGAAAAGAUCCUGCAGAAGGUGCUCCAGGGCUGCCGGGAGAGCAUGCUGGGGACCAUGGCACUGGCCGCCUGCCAGUUCAUGGAGGAGCCGGGGAUGGAGGUGCAAGUGAGGGAAUCGAAGCACCCGUAUAGCAACAACACCAACUUUGAGGAUAAAGUACACAUCCCUGGCGCAAUCUACCUUUCAAUCAAAUUCGACUCUCAGUGCAACACUGAGGAAGGCUGUGACGAGCUCGCCAUGUCCAGCAGCAGUGACUUCCAGCAGGAUCGCCACAAUUUCAGUGGCUCUCAACAGAAAUGGAAAGACUUUGAGCUCCCAGGAGACACUUUAUACUACCGCUUUACCUCGGAUAUGAGCAACACCGAAUGGGGCUACAAGUUCACCGUGACGGCUGGACAUCUGGGCCGCUUCCAGACAGGCUUUGAGAUUUUGAAGCAAAUGCUAUCAGAAGAACGGGUUGUGCCUCACCUCCCAUUGGCCAAAAUUUGGGAGUGGCUGGUGGGCGUGGCCUGCCGCCAAACUGGUCAUCAGAGGCUGAAAGCCAUCCACCUGCUGCUGAGGAUUGUGCAGUGCUGCUCCCACAGUGACCUGUGUGACCUGACACUGCUAAGGCCACUGUGGCAGCUCUUCACGCACAUGGAGUAUGGCCUGUUCGAGGAUGUGACGCAACCCGGCAUCCUCCUCCCACUGCAUCGGGCCCUCACCGAGCUCUUCUUCGUCACAGAGAACCGAGCCCAGGAGCUGGGCUUGCUGCAGGAAUACCUGCUGGCCUUAACCACUGAUGAGCACCUUCUCCGCUGUGCAGCCCAGGUACUCUCCCCUUGCAGAGCUGGCCCUCUGGGGCAAGUGCCACCACCUCCCAUUCCCACUUGCCAGGACAGACUGCGUCAUGAAUGCAAACUCCACCCUCCACAUCAGUUACUUCUUCCGGUGCUCUAGGAGCAGGCGGGCCCAUCUGUCAGCGUUGUCCAUGUUAAGCCAGGGGUCAGAACACACUAGCAGGAAUGUGUGUCUUUAAACCAAAACAGCCCCUGCCUUGAAUUUAGUUUGGCAGGUCCCUGAAGUUUCCAUCGAGUUAGAUUGCAGAUAUUUUUGGAUGUCAUUUGCUUCCCUGGCGAGGGAGCUCCUCUUCUGACAGCUGGUUGGUCUCAGGACCCUUCACGCCUCUAAGUCACUCAGGGUCCCCGGGAGCGUCAGCCACGCUCAGGAUAUAAAUCAGUGUGUGUGCAUCCUGGGAAGGUGAGCUAAAUCUGGAAUUAACAGAUUACAAAUGGAAACAUUUAAACAUUUAGUUACCAAUUCCUUUGGGGAAAAAAAGUACUCAACCUAUCUCACAUCAACAUAAAUGUAGCCUGUUCAGUGAAGCACAGUUCCUAUGUUUCAAAACAAAAUAACCUCCAAGCAGGAUGACCCUGUGUCAGGCUCCCUCUGACGUCCGGCUUACUGGAAGACAGCUGGGCUCUCAGUCCAUGCCUGCACUCUGUCUGUCGCAUCCACAUCAGCCUCUGGAAAACUCCAUUGUAUAUUCAGGAGAGAAAGUGGAAAGUGAACCUCAUAGACCCAAAAAAGCGUGUUAAGAAUCACCCGACCCCAGACUCAUUUUGUGCAGCUAGGACCCACUGUAACCUCCUCCCCCGCUGCCCAGUUGCAUUGAGGCCCAGCAGCUGCCCUCCCCCUAGCUCAGGCCUCUGUCCCUGGGAGAGGGCUGCCCUGUCCUUGCUAGUUUGGGGUGGACCCCACAGCACACUUGGGAGAGACAACCAGAGUCAGAGUGGCCACUGCUUUUCCUCCCAGCAGCUACCCACUGCUACCACCCAUCCCAGCCUCACGACAUCACGCAGCAGAGCCUAGACUGGACAUUCAGUACCAGGCCAGCAGGACAGCCUUCCUGGGGGCUCCCCCCAGCCGGCCCCGCAGCCGCUCUCCGCUGCUCCCUCACUUUUAGCCCGUCCAGCCCCCUGGGCCAGUAGUCAGACUCCCCAACCUGUUGCCUCCCCCUCACUCCUCCGCCUCCCCCUCCUGCUGCCCGCUGCACAAGCACCACAAGGCACCUGCAUUCUCAGUGCCUUCCCACCCCUGUUUUCUGGCCUCUCUUGGGGUGCCCCAGCAGCAGCUCUUUGUCCCCUGUGUGCAUCGUGCCCCUCUGCUGUGUCUCUCGCAAGACUCCCUGGAUCUCGGCAGCCGGCAACCCUCUGAGCCAGUCUGCCCAGGCUGUGCUCAUUCCACCUUCAGUGCUGCUGUCAGCUCUUCUAGCUUAUGGUCUCCCAGGUUGGGGGCAGGUGCCCAUUCGGCCUGACCCAGGUCCCUCCAUCACCUGCCCCCCUCCUCAGUGCACAGCCCGGGGUCUUGUUCCUCAGCGCUCUGUGAGCCAGAGGCUGGCUCGGGGCACUGCUGGCCACUCUCUCCCCUCCACAGGCUCUACAGAACAUUGCCGCCAUCAGCCUGGCCAUCAACUACCCAAACAAGGCCACCCGCCUCUGGAAUGUUGAAUGCUAGCCCUCAGCGUGGCCUGCAUGGGACCAGCUACCUUGCCACCGGGGCUGUGGCACAGACCCUGGCUCCAAGUCAGGGACAGUCCCGGGCAGCAGCACACAGCCUCUCGGAGCCGCUCCACCCAGCGCACACUUGCCAGCCCCACCUGUGCGGAUGCACCGAGCAGGGCUCCUGAA